AUGACCCUGCCAACGAACAGCACUUCGACGGUGGCGGAGGACGACUCGGACAUGUUUGGGCCGCCGCACUCGUCGCCACCGAUCCGCCGCAACCGCCCGAAGGUGCCGAUGAUCUCGCCCCAGCUGAAGCAGCGCGAGGUGCGCAAGCGGAUCCUGCAGCUGUGCGUGCACAAGCUGGAGCGGAUCAAGGACUCGGAGCGGAAUCUGCGUCGCUCGGUGUGCAUCAACAACACGUACUCGCGGCUGACCGACGAUAUUCGGCGCGAGAAGCAGCACAAGCUGCUGAUGCUCUCCAAUCUCGCCAAGUCAACUGACAGCAGCAGAAAAGAGUCGGAGGAAGACGAUCCGUCUGCGGACGAUUGUAUCAAUAACAACAUUACCAAUGCCAACAACAACAACAGCAACAACACCAACGGUAGCAGCAACAACCACCACCAUCACCUGCAUCCGCACCACCACCACCAUGGCGAGCACGGCGAGUUCGUGCAUAACAAUGAAAACAUGAACAACAACUGUCAGUUGCAGCAUAACCAUAAUCUAGCCUCGCACCAACACCACCACCACCAUCUCCACCACCACCUCAUCCACCAACGAUUGCCUCAUCCCCACUCCGCGCCCCAUACGGACUGCAAUGGAACGUCGAGCUCCUCAGACUCCUCCUCCUCCUCAUCCUCCUGCUCGGAGCUGCUGACGUCCACGACGAUGACGACCAAUGGCUCGACGGAGGCGAGCGACUGCAGCAAGCCCUCCGGUGCCACGGUGCCAUCGUCCCGGAAGUCGUCCUCCGAGGUGGAGACGGACCUGGAAACGCUUGACCGGGAGCUGUGCGCGCUGGACGCCGCCAUGCCGCUGGUCGAUCCGGAAAUCACGCAGGGCGCGGAACAGCUUGAACAGGCGAUGGUGUCCCGCAAGCGCAAGUUUGCCUCCAUCGACGACGACGACAGUGACCGGUUGGUGCGGGAGGCCCUCUCGCAGAUCUACUUUCCCAGUGCGGGCCGUCUCCUUACCGGCAUCGACGAUUGUCCGCCGACCACGACGACGGACGGUGGCGCAGAGGGUGGCGCGGUCGAAGAUCAGCAGUCGAAGGUGACGAGCGUGAGCGAAACCAUCGGUGACCUGUCUCCCAAGCGACCAAAGAUCGGUGAUCUCCUCGAACACCAUCACCACCACCACCACCAUCACCACUACCAACUGCAUCCGUUCUCGCACCCGUUCCUGCAUCCGUUCCAUCCACUGCCGGAUCUGAGCGGCUUCGACUACCAGGUGGCGCACCAUCACCAGAAGGAGUUCGAGGUGAUCAUGGACGCGUUGCGGCUCGGGGUGAGCAAUGGUGGUGCGAUGGCAGCCGUGGUGGCGGCCAAAUCGGCCGGGGCGGUCGCAGCCGCCGCAGCAGCAGCCGCCGCCGCCACCGGAAAUGCCACCGGAACGGCGAUGGGUUGCGGUGUCGGUGGAGCAGCAGCCGGAAACGGUCACGGGCAGCCGGUGGCCAGCUGCAAUACGGCGGGAGGUGCCAACUCCAUCGCUCCCACCCCUACCACCACCAUCGAUUCCUGCGGCCAGGCCGCCAUGCUGAUGGGCUCCGACGGCGGUGCGAGCGUGUUCCAUAAUCUCGUCGUUACGUCGCUGGAAACUUGAAAGUAGGCCGCCAACCAACUUCUUCUCCCCCUCCUCCUGUUGCUGCGUCAACAAUGCGCUGCCCCGACAGACAAGAGACGCCGAUGGACAUGACACACCACACUAGGUUAAUGAUGAAGCCUCCUGUAUGUGUGUGUGUUUGUGCGGGGGUGGUGCCAUUUGUGUGCCGCUAAUGUAAUUCUUAAUUUAUUUGCCCUUAAACAAUGUACCAACACCAAUAUACACACACACACACCCACACCGACGAAGGUGAAGAAGGUGGAUCGCCUAACAACGCUCGAAAGGAGAAACGAGUCGGGAAGGGGUGGGGAAAUUGAUUUCACUUUUCCCUUGAGAUAAGCAGCGGCGGGUACGCACACGGUUCGAGUUCCAAAGGCGUCACAAAGUUUUCCACCGGUCCCCGGUGUGUACCGCUCGCCUCUGAGUCUAGGUUUUUUUCUGUGGAAAAACCAUGCAAAAGAAAACAAGGAAAAAAACCCACUUAAUACUCCACACAGAUUAGGAGGAAAAUACGAAGAGAGAUGAUAGACGUUGAGUUAGACAAUUUUAUUUCGAGACACCUCGAUUGUUGUUCGGAGGGGGUUUUCUUAUUCCUCUUCUUCACUCCACCGUUUCGUUUUCGCCUUCGGUUUUGGCGUUUGGUUGUUUUUUUUUCUCGUCUUUAGGAAAUUUUAGUUCUAAUAAUGUUUGCCCAAAAAACAUACACACACACAAACCGUACGCACCGUACAUUCGCCCUAGGGUUAGUUAGGGAAUCGUAUCCGCUUAGGUAAUUAACUAAUGCUUACUCCUUAUUAAUUUUAUUGUAAUUAUUUUAUUUUUAUUACCAUUAGUUUGUUAACCAUGA